CAGUUGUUGACUCAUUCAUUCCUGCGGCCCCCGUUUGACAUGGCGAGCGUAAGCGUACGGACUAGUGGGUUAUUAUUCCUGUUUAUGUUAAUAAAUGGCACGCUCGCCGCCUCACCGCCAUGGAUAUUUGAUGUGAAAGUGAACAACAGUACAUGCGGUGAGAUAAAAUGUGAUUACAAUUUAACAGUGAGUGGUAAAUACCGUUUAUGGUCGUUAACCUCAACGCCCGGCUGUUAUGACACGGUGCACGUCAACUCGGCGGGAGUUGAUGUGUUGGUGCGGGUUGAUAGGUUGACCAAGUGGUAUUUUUGUGCUAAAAGUGAUGAGGAUGGCGGGUGGAUACCGCAGGACGUGGGUUUGGAGGGCGGUGACGUCAUCGCUUACGAACGCUCCUCGGAGAAUGAGGUGGAGGAUAUACCGCGUGAAGAGCUGACAGACCUGUAUGAUGAUGCGGAAGCCAAGAGCUACUACCGGGACCUGGCUGUGAACAGGUUCGGCGACGAGGCGAGCGACUACGAUGUGGAGAUGUUCUCUUACGUUAACCCCGGGGACAGACAGCAUCGGCUGCGGCGACGGGUCGAAGACAAUGCGCACUCAGAUCAUCACCGCCCGAGAAGGCAAGCAGACAAUGAAACCGGCAGUCCACCAGAAGGCGACACAGAUAAUGCCAAUCCAGAAACACCCGCCAAAGAGGAUGGUCAAAAUUCCACAAAUCCAAAAAUCGAUCCCGUUACCAAUGGGGCAACUAUGAAGCUUCGAGUCAUGGGAUUGAGGGUGGAGGCAGCUGCCAAGGAGCCCAAGCUGGUGGAUGAGAUGAUACCCUCAGUACUCCGUGACACCAAAUUCGACCUGAGGCUCUUCGGCGAAGGCUUCACCAACGAGACCACGAUCGCGUUCACGCAUGCGCCUGAUAUGUACGGGAUCCCGUGCCGCUUCCUGUUGCAAUAUGGAGAGCACAAGAUAAAACAGGUGGAGCCAGAUUCCGGCCUCUUCGAACUCCUCGCUCCGCCCCCUAACGAAAACUACAUCUUUUACGUGUGCGCCAAGAACUCCCCCGGCGAGGAGUUCGUCCACCAGGGGCAGGAGAAGUGGAAGAUCCUCGCCACCCACAACAAGAUGCUACCCCUUUGGGCGUCUUUAAUCUUAAUUGUUAUUCUACUGAUGCUAGCGUCUCUCUUCUCCGGGCUAAACCUUGGACUGAUGGCCUUGGAUAGGACUGAACUGAAGAUUAUAGCUAAUACAGGCACAGAGAAAGAGAGGAAGUACGCGCGCGCCAUCAUGCCGGUCCGCUCGCACGGCAACUACCUGCUCUGCACCAUCUUGCUUAGCAACGUGGCCGUCAACAGCACCUUCACCGUGAUCCUCGACGACCUGACGUCGGGGUUGGUGGCGGUCAUCGGCUCCACCCUUGCCAUUGUGUUCAUCGCCGAGAUAACCCCGCAGGCGAUCUGCGCAAGACACGGCCUGUUCAUCGGCGCUAAAAGCAUCUGGAUCAUGAAGAUUGUGAUGGGCAUCUGUGCACCGUUGGCGUGGCCAACGAGCAAGUUGCUGGACUACUUCCUCGGCGAAGAGAUCGGCACGCACUACAACAGAGAGAGGCUAAAGGAACUUGUCAAGAUAACAAACCACGUGAACGAUCUGGACAAAGAGGAGGUGAACAUAAUAUCCGGCGCGCUCGACCUGCACAAGAAGACAGUGAGGGAUGUGAUGACGAAGCUCAAAGACUGCUACAUGCUGCCCAUCGACAGCGUGCUAGACUUUGAGACCAUGACUGAGAUCGUCAAGUCAGGUUACUCCCGUAUCCCGGUGUACGAGGGCAAUCGCGGCAACAUAGUGACGGUGCUGUUCAUCAAGGAUUUGGCCUUCGUGGACCCCGACGACAACACCCCCCUCCGCACCCUCUGCCAGUACUACCAGAAUGUGGUCAACUUCGUGUUCGAGGACGUGACCUUGGAUGUAAUGCUGAAGCAGUUUAAAGAUGGUCACAAGGGUCACAUGGCGUUCGCUCAGCGCAUCGAGGAGGGCGACGGCGACCCGGUGUACGAGACAGUUGGCCUCAUAACUCUCGAGGAUGUCAUCGAGGAGAUGAUCCAAGCCGAGAUCGUAGACGAGAGUGACGUCAUCAGCGAUAACCGCACCAAGAAGCGUCUUCUACGGCCGAUGAACAAGCUGCACGACAUCGCUGCAUUCGCUGGUCACCAGCACCAGCGGGUACACGUCUCCCCGCAACUGAUCCUCGCCACCUUCCAGUUCCUAAGCACCAGCGUGGACCCGUUCCGCGCGGACAUGAUAUCGGAGACGGUGCUCCGUCGCCUGCUGAAACAGGACGUCAUCCAGCACAUAAAGGACCGCGCAGAUAAGGACAAGAACGACCCCAAGAGAUACGUCUUCCAGGAGGGAAAGCCGGUGGACUACUUCGUGCUCAUUCUGGAAGGGCGCGUGGAAGUGACGGUGGGUCGCGAGAACCUGGUCUUCGAAGCUGGGCCCUUCACGUACUUCGGAGUUCAGGCGCUGACGCAAAACGUUGGAUUGGCGGAGUCUCCAGCGCCAUCGACCCUCGGUUCCCUACAGAACCUCAACAUGGACACCAUGCUGCGUCACACCUUCGUACCGGACUAUUCCGUGAGGGCCAUCGCAGAGGUCUACUACCUCACCAUUAAGAGAUCAAUGUACCUGGCAGCGAAGCGAGCGACCUUGAUGGAAAAGGGUGUCCUGAAUAAGGGCGGCACCAACGAGCAAAUCGAGCCUGAAGUUGACAAGCUACUCCGCGAGGGAGAUAGACUCGAUGACAUAAUUGAGAAUCACAUACCGAAAACGCCGCUGAAACAGCUUUUACCCGCAUCGGCGAGCCCUGUAACAAACUCCACGUUCAAGGCAUAUGACAAAGGAGACUCCAAUCCAGAAGAGGAAAAGCUGCUUAGCCCUUAACUACCAAAUUAGUAGAAAACCGUAACGUUCAGGCAACACUGUCUGUAAAACAACAAAUAUAUGACAAAUAAAUCAUACCAUACGAGAAAAUUACUAACCUAAUUAGUAGGAAAUUAUAGCGUCAGGAAAUAUGUGAAAAAGGCUUCGAAUAUUUGAAUUUGGAGGUUAGCUUACUGUCCGCCAUUUGGGUAGGUAUUUUUUUAUUCCCGUAAGAUAGAUUUGUAGUUAUAGUAGAAAAUAAAAGGGGUUCGAGCUUUUUCGUAUCGAAGCUGGCAUAGCAACGGCCGCCAUUUUGACUAUUUUACCACGCGGCGCAAGAAGAAAGCUACAUAGUAAGUUACCGGUUUGGGAUUUUGACGACCUCUUUGGUGCAACUGUGAGCGCUGUAAGUUUAAUUAGAAGGUCCUGGGUUAUUUGAGAAUAUAUAUAUAUAAUAAUUUCUGAAUUUUCUCUCGUCUGGUCAGGUGGGAGGCUUUGGCCGUGGCUGGUUACCACCCUACCGACAAAGACGUGCGGCGAAGCGAUUAGUGUUCCGGUGCGAUGUCGCGUAGAAACCAAUUAGGGGUAUGACUACCAUACUCCCUAACAGGUCAACCACCUUAGACUGCGUCAUCACUUACCAUCACAUGAUAUUGCAAUAAAGCGUUAACUGGUAGGUGUAUAAAAAAAAAGAUAGACAACGACAAUCAUGAAAAAUAGUCUUAUCGCGUCAGAUUUAAGCUUGAUUAAUAUUAUUACUGUUUAUAAGAUGAGAGACGGUACAUUAAAUACUAGGUAUUGUUAUUUCGAAAAAUAAUCAAAAUGGCGGUGGGUUUUUAUGCCAGAUCAGUCCAAUCCCAUAUAAGUAAUAUUAUCCACUCAUUAAUGACACCGCCUUUACAACUUAGCCUAGCUUUAGUAUAUAUCUUACUCUUGAUCAGAACUUAUCGUCUUAUACAGUCCUAUAUAAUUUAAAAUAAUAGAAAAAAUGGCGGAUUGUAGGCAGGUCACAAUAUUCAAGGUCCUGUCGAGAAGGAAUUGGUAGAAAAUAAUAACUGCUCCAAAAAAUACUACCAUUAUGACAAUUUUGCGGUGAAAGCUUAAUUUUAACGUAGAUUUUUCAGUUUAUUUCUUUAUUUAAUAAGUUUGUUACAAUCGCUAUACCACAUAAGAUUUUUUUUGUAGUAAUUUUAAUAGUAUUUAAUAUGGCAUUUGUUGCGUUAACAAUAUAAGUAUAGCUUUAGUAUAGUUUUUAGUUGAAACUACAGUACUUAUUUCGUGUUUUUUUUUAUUUAAAAUCAUAUAUGGCAAUUCGCUCGCAAUUAUUAUUAUUAUACAAUAAUAAAGUAUGGCGACAUUUCGAAAUAACUAAUCCAUAAAAAUCUCGAAAAAACUCAUCACAAGUCUUAUUUUUAUUGGCAAUUUAUUCAGUUAGUAAGAUUGUUAAAUUUGCUCCAUUUUUUUUUAUUAACUUUAAUUAACUAUUUGUUAAUAAUGAGAACAAAUUUGUCUGUGUUUUAUUAAAUAUAAAAAAAAAUUAAACUAUUUUAACGAACUUUCACCUUAAAUAUUUUGAAGCCAAUCAUAUAGCCAAAUUGUAACAAAUACUACAUUUUCGUCUAUAAAUAUCUUUUCCAAAUUUCUGCAUGAAAAAUGUCGCCUAAAUUUUACGUAUUGUUAAAAAAUUAAAAUGUGCUUUUAUUAUAUAACUGUUGUAAACGUUAGAUAUUCCUAUAAAGUUAAUAAUUCCACAUAUUUAUGCACGCUUUUGUGUUACGUAAAUACUUCCAUCCAAUAACAGAUAUAUGAGUACUUUUUAUAGAAAACUGUAUUAAAAUGUUGAACAUAUUUUAAAGAAAGUAGUUUUGCAUUUUAAAAAUUUGUUUUUUUUUUUACUAUUUUAUCAUUUUAUAGUAGGAUAUUUUUUGUAGAUUUUGUUAAAUUUUUGUCAUGAAGUCUAUACCUAUAUGCCUUUUACAAAUGUGUGCCUUACUAAAAGUUUAAACGAAAGUGGUGCUGUUUUUAUCCAAAGUAAUUUUAAUAUAUUGACCAAUACAUUUUUUUAUAACAGAA